AUGCUGCAGAGCAAAGCGUCACAGUGAAUCUGGCGAAUCGCUAUGCACGUGUGGAUCAGCUGCUCGAUCGGCACGAGGUCAUGGGUAUACGUUGAAUGCUGCGCAGGAACAAAGGAGCAGCUAGCUUAUUGGCGAGUCAAGUCGCAUGGGAGAACCACGAAGGAAAGGAAAGGCAUCACCGCGCGGUGCCCUACUUCUUUGACACUUGGACUGAGAGGACGCGGUUGUCCUUCCUGACGCAAAAUUCGAGCGUUCUGAGAGCUCAAGCGUGA